UGACGGUGGUUCUGAAGGGAGCCGGGGCGCCGAGGACGGUGCUGAUAACUGGGGUGAGCCGCGGCCUCGGGAGGGCCCUCGCCCUAGAGCUGGCCAAGCGCGGACACACCAUCAUCGGGUUUGCCCGCUCCCAAGAAAAGAUCGACGCCCUCCUCGCCGAGCUGCCCUCCGACGACCCCGCUCCCUCCUCCUCCCCUUCCAAACACCUCAUCAUCCAAGCCGACGUGAGGUCGGAUAGCAGCAUCAAGGAGUUGGCGAGGCUUGUCGUGGAGACGAGACGGGUGCCCGAUAUCAUAGUAAAUAAUGCAGGCACAAUAAACAAAAAUAAUAAAAUAUGGGAUGUAUCAGCAGAGGAAUUUGAUAUGGUGAUAGACACUAACAUUAAGGGUGUUGCAAAUAUACUUCGGAACUUCCUGCCAGUUAUGAUAGAAAAGAAGCGGGGAAUUAUUGUCAACACAUCUUCUGGUUGGGGAAGAUCAGCAGCUGCAGAGGUGGCACCCUAUUGUGCUUCAAAAUGGGCAAUUGAGGGUCUGACACGGUCUGUUGCAAAAGAGCUGCCUCCUGGUGUGGCUGUUGUUGCACUUAGUCCUGGUGUUGUAAACACUGAAAUGCUUGCCUCAUGCUUUGGGAGUUCUUCUGCCCUGUAUCAAACACCUGAAUCAUGGGCCCCAAAGGCAGCUACAUUUAUACUAAAUCUUACAGUGGAAGAUAAUGGUGCUUCACUCACCGUGUGAUGACAGCAUGGCUCACUCUAUUACCACUCCCUUGGUAUCACUGCUUAACUCUGACAUUUUAGUAACAAUUUCAGGGAACUCUAUAUGAUUUCUUUCAUAACUACUGUUUUAUGGAUUUGUUGUUACAAAUAUCUUGAGUUGUGAAACAACUGGCAUUUUGAUAAUUUCUGGAACUCACGACCGACGCAGACGAAAGAAAUGUAGAAUUAACCUGUAUUCCUUUAAGCAUGAACAUAUCUGGCUGACAACAAGUGCAAACAAAACUUUUGCCGUGUUCAUUAUGAUGUGAACUUAAAACUUUGCAAUGAACUGACAUGGACCUGUACUUUCGAAAAGACCAUAAAUCACCGAACCACAUUUCAUUAAAUUCUAGUAAAGGAUGGUUCCUUGGAA